AUGCUGAAGCAACGGAAUCGAAGCCUGAAGGUUCUGCUGUCUAUCGGAGGCUGGACGUACUCCACAAACUUUGCACAGCCAGCGAGCAAGGAUGGGGGACGGAAGAAAUUUGCACAGACGGCUGUCAAGCUGCUCCAAGACCUAGGCCUCGACGGCUUAGACAUCGACUGGGAGUAUCCCGAGAAUGACCAAGAGGCCAGCGACUAUGUCCUUCUACUGAGGGAACUGAGACAGGCUCUAGGGGAAUAUAGCAAUGGCCACGCGAGAGGGAAGAAAUUUCUGCUCACUGCUGCAUCCCCUGCUAGCUCGGGAAAGCUAGACAUCCUCCAUCUUAAGGAUAUGGACGACUUGUUGGACUUCUGA